UCGGAUAGACUUGCAAACACACUGAAACAUUCAGAUCUAUACUCCUGCACUUUAUUUAUCUUAUUCACUUUGUUUUAACCCUAAAUCAAUAUUCAAACGGCUAGUAAAUGAAUCUAAAUAUAGUUGGAAAUACUUACCAGUUGACUAGAAGUCAAUGGUUUUGGCUCCCCUCCACUCCAGUAUGUCAUCUCUCCAAAAUAUAAUGAAUUGUUCAUAUUUACUCUCAAAAAACCCAAUCAUUGGUCAACAAUAACAUGUUUUCUCUCUUUUGAUCUCCAUUGCCAGACAAGAAUUCCACCCCCAUUACCUUCCAAAUCUUCCAAGAAUUGAUGGCAUCAUCAUCUUCUCCUUCUGAGAGUAAUUCACAGUAUUCAUGUCCUCAACGGAAGUACAAGUACGAUGUGUUUCUAAGUUUAAGAGGCACAGAUACUCGCAAAAAUUUUACAAGUCACUUGUACAAAGCUUUGACGAACAGGGGAAUAGUCACCUUUCUAGAUGAGAAAAGGCUAGAGAAUGGUGAUUCCCUCUCGAAAGAACUAGUGAAAGCUAUAGAAGAGUCUCAAGUUGCUGUAAUCAUCUUCUCAAAGAAUUAUGCUACGUCGAGGUGGUGCUUGGAUGAAGUAGUGAAGAUUAUGGAAUGCAAGGAAGAAAAUGGACAAUUAGUCAUACCAAUCUUCUAUGAUGUGGAUCCAUCACAUGUUCGAUACCAAAGUAAGAGCUUUGCAAAAGCCUUAGCCAAACACGAAUCGAGGUAUAAGGAUGAUGUGCAACGAUGGAGGACUGCUCUAAGUGAAGCUGCAGAUCUAAAAGGAUAUGAUAUCCGUGAAAGGAUUGAAUCACACUGUAUUGAGGAUCUUGUUAAUGAAAUUUCGCCCAAAUUAUGCACGACUUCUUUAUCUUCUUUGAAAGAUAUUGUGGGAAUAGAUGCUCAUUUAGAGGAAGUCAACUACCUUCUAGAGAUGACAAGCAAUGAUGUCCGGAGGGUGUGGAUCUGGGGAACUGGGGGAGUUGGUAAAACGACAAUAGCAAAAGCUAUUUUUGAUAUACACUCAUCUAAAUUUGAUGGUUCUUGUUUCCUUCAGGUCAGUAAAGAAAACAAGCAUGAGAUACAUUCUCUGCAAAGUAGUCUUCUCUCUAAACUGGUAGGGGAAAAAGAAAGUGUGAAUGAUAAGGAGACAGGGAGGGACCUGAUUUCUCAUAGACUUCGUUUGAAGAAGGUUCUAGUUGUGCUUGAUAACAUAGAUCAUGAUGACCAAUUGGAUUACCUAGCAGGGAAUCUUGGUUGGUUUGGCAGUGGCAGCAGAAUAAUUGCAACAACGAGAGACAUGCAUAUCAUACGGAAAAACGAUGCCGUAUAUCCUGUGACUACACUACUUGAACAUGAUGCAGUUAAGUUGUUCAACCAAUAUGCCUUCAAAGAUGAAGUUCCAGAUAAGUGUUUCGAGGAGAUAACGUUGGAGGUAGUACGUCAUGCUCAAGGCCUUCCAUUAGCCCUGAGAGUGUGGGGUUCUUCCUUACGUAACAGGGAUAUUAUUUGGUGGAGGAGUGCUGUUGAUCGAAUAAAGAGGAACCCUAGUUCAACAGUUGUUGAAAACCUCAAAGUAAGUUAUGAUGGGUUGGAGCGUGAAGAUCAAGAGAUAUUUCUAGAUAUUGCAUGCUUCUUAAGAGGGAAAAAAGUAACCGAAAUCAAGCAAAUUCUUGAGAGCUGUGGUUUUGAAGCUGAUUACGGAUUGAGUGUGCUAAUUGACAAGUCUCUUGUGUUCAUCUCUGAAGAUACGAUUGAAAUGCAUGACUUAAUACAAGAGAUGGGAAAAUAUAUUGUGAAAAUUCAAACGGAUGCGGGCGAAUGUAGCAGAAUAUGGGAUUUUGAAGAAAUGAUGAUCAACAAUAAAGUAAGUAGGCUAAACAAUACAAUAAUAUUCAAUUUCUAG